GCUCGGAACAGUUGGCAGCUCUGACUCACGCAGACGUAAACAAACAUGGCACAUUGGUUUCACAGGAAUCCUCUUAAAGCUACGGCUGAGGCCAAAUUUGACCUAAAAAUGGUAGCAUCUGACAGUCAGGCUCUAAAGAUAUGCAGUGACCUGCGACAAUCAAGAUUAAGACUUCUUCAACUGCUACCUGAUGCUAAUCAUGAAAUUGAUGUUGUGGAACCAGCACUCACAUUAUAUCUGUCUCUGUUGCGUGGCCUUAUAGAAGUACCAGAGGAUCAGAGCUCAGGGUGGAGCAAGCUGCGGCAUUCCAUUCGUUUUCGUUGGACUCAGUCCAUGCUAGGAAACACACCAGAGGGUCACUUUGAUGCUGUGUUCGAGUUAGUAUCGGUUCUUCAGAAUGCUGCCUUCUGGUACAUGAAGCACGCCUUCAAGAUCUCAGCUCAGGAUGAUGUAAACAUGGAUGAAGCCAAGAUAGUACAUCGUAGUCUGCGUCGUGGAGCUGGCUUACUGAAAUAUGUUCAAGAGGAAUGGGUGAACAAACUAUUAGAAACCCCGCCAGCAGGGAGUGACAGUGACCCCAGGGUCCACACAGCUUACCUCAACCAGGCCACAGCUGAGGCUCAGGAAGUAACAAUUGCCAGAGCCAUAGAAUUGAAGCACAAUCCUGGACUCGUAUCUGCUCUUGCAAACGAGACUUCCAAAAUGUUCACAACAGCUGCAGAUGCGAUCACCUCCUUGGAAGAAAAGAAGUUUGGCCAUUGGAUAAAAUACUUCCGUUUGAAAGCAUCCUUAUAUGCUGCCUAUGCUCACAAUUAUGCGGGACAGAAUAUGCUAAAUCAAGACAAAUGUGGGGAAGCCAUCCGGUCACUGCAGGAAGCUAAGAAGAAAUAUGAGGAGGCUGGUGAACUAUGCAAAGAAUAUGCCCGCACAAAGGGACCAGGGACACAGGCAAAACCAGAGACUCAUGAAUUCUUCCGUCGGUUGGCACCAAUAGUUGCUCGCACCCUAGAGAAGUGUGAACGAGAAAAUGGGAUGAUUUACCAUCAAAAGGUUCCAUAUGACCCUCCUGAGUUGGAAAUGAAAGCAACUUAUGGUUUAGUGUCACCAGAUGAUUACACCCUUCCUCCUGCUGCCCCAUUGUGGACAGCAGUCACCUAUAGUGCAUUUGACUUAACAAAGAACCUUUCUGAGGAUCCAAGUGCUAAUCCAAAAGCAGCUGAAAAAGUUGAGGGUGACUUGCCACCAGUGAAGGAAGCCAACAUACACCAAAAAUCAAAGGAUCACAAGAACAACAGUGGAUGCUCUGUCAUGUAACCUGGUAACAUCAUCCAGCAAGUUUAUAGAUUUCAGGUAAAUGGGAGCAAAGAAGGAUGGUGAGUUGAUGUUUAUGUUACUGAAAGAAUUCUUGAGUCUUCAAAGCAAGCAUUUUAAUUUUUCCCAUGUUGGGCACUUCAUGCUUUGAUUCAGGACAAUCAGUAGAGAACAGAAACAUAAAUACUUAGAUGAUUUAUGUUUGUAAAUCUUGACAUGGAGAAGCAUGUGAAUGUACAAAAAAAAAACUAAAAA